AUGAUUCCUCUCGCCCUAUUGGAGCUCUUCUUCCCUGGAGAGUCCCAGGAUGAUGGUUUGCAGCAGUUUGUUGCACUUUGGUUGGAUUUCUUCUCUCGUAAUGCUGCAGAAGUACUCCCAAUGGUUGGGUGUCUGGUGUCUGUACACGGUGCAGUAGUUCGUGUUUAUUCUCCUCAACCUUUAGUGCAGCAAUUAACAUUUGAAUGUGCAAAAUGUCUUACUAAAAUACAUAAAGUCCUACAAGAUGGAAGACUACAAGAGGUAACUGCCCCUAAUGGAGAAGCAGCAGGAGAGGGGCCCCUAGAUGACCCAACAAGGGCCCCCACGGGGGGCCUCCGCACAGCAGCAACUAUAGACUGCGAGCUAGCAGGUUUUCUUGUGGGCAAAUGCAGCCCUGGAGACCGCAUCUGUCUAACAGGUAAGAGAAACAACUAG